AUGGGAUUCAGACAAGUUCAGUACCUUAUCUUCGUUAAGGGCAUAAGAUCAUCCCGAGAGGCUCCUGUUGAUGUGACUCAGGGGUGUGAAUGUGUUUCAUCCAGCAGCCUGCAUCUUGGUAUUGUACUUAUCGGAGACUCCGGAGUAGGCAAAAGUAACCUUCUGUCUCGAUUCACUCGCAAUGAGUUUAACUUGGAAAGCAAAAGCACCAUUGGAGUAGAGUUUGCAACAAGAAGCAUUCAAGUUGAUGGGAAGACAAUAAAGGCUCAGAUAUGGGACACAGCAGGGCAGGAGCGAUACCGAGCUAUAACAUCAGCGUACUAUCGUGGAGCUGUAGGGGCAUUGUUGGUGUAUGACAUUGCUAAGCACCUUACUUACGAGAAUGUAGAGCGAUGGUUGAAAGAGCUGAGAGACCAUGCUGACAGCAAUAUUGUAAUCAUGCUUGUGGGAAACAAGAGUGACUUGCGCCACCUGAGAGCAGUCCCUACAGAUGAGGCCAGAGCUUUUGCAGAGAAGAAUGGUUUGUCAUUUAUUGAGACGUCUGCUUUAGACUCUACAAAUGUGGAAGCAGCUUUCCAGACUAUUCUGACAGAGAUCUAUCGUAUUGUUUCCCAGAAGCAAAUGUCCGACAGACGUGAAAACGAUAUGUCUCCAAGCAACAACGUGGUUCCCAUUCACGUCCCUCCAACCACUGAAAACAAACCAAAGAUGCAGUGCUGUCAGAAUAUAUAGAAUUGUUCAUUCUUUCCUAAAAGGCUGUGUAUAUUCCCCAGGUCCAAGAUUUAAAUAUAUUUGUAAUUCUCGUGGUUACUUUCUUGUGUUUAGUUACCGCUUAUUCCUUCUGAAUUUCUCCAUGUCUUAAACACUUUGAUUUCAGUGUUUAUAAAUCUAUUGCUUCUGUGUGGCUGCAGUAUUUUCCCAACACCGACUUGUCCGUUUUGGUUCAGUAAAUUGUUUGGAACUGAUCUGAUCUCUUCCCAACAUGAUGCCCGCUAGUCAGAGCACAGACACCUUUAGUGAGCACUUGAAGACGUUAUUCUGCUCCUCGCAAAACAAUUACUGUCAGGUUAACUGGGAAAAUAUCUCUGGGCAGGGUAAUCUUUCCUUGUCUUAAGGUGUUCUAUACUGCAUCUAAAGCUUGAUGAAAUGCCCAUUGCUCUGAAGUGCAAUUUUAGUAUAAGUUAAUGUUUCUGGCCACAUCUUCAGAUUGUCACGUUGAGGGUUUUUUUUUAAUAGAAUAUUAUGGGGGAGAAAGGAGAAUUUCUUGCAAACAAGCAGCAGGGUUCUUGCUACCUGUGAAUGAGCUUUUGUGGUUUGGCACCUGCUCCAGAGGAGGUUGUGAUGUGAGGCAGAGCUGCUGGGAGGCUGGCCGGGGAGACGCUGGUGGGACUCCCUUUGAGGUGCCUCUUGUGAAGAAAGCAAAAGCACGGCUGCGUAGCUGAUGAAGGGUCGCUCUGACGCUGGAACUUGCAGCAUGUUUUUGUGCUGCCCGAGGCUUGGCCUCCACAGGGCUGGUGGUAUCAGGAUUUGAGGAUGCCUUUUUUUCUUUCAUGGCACACCGACUUGAAGGGUGUUGUCACGUAUUACAUAUCACAUUUACACAUAUGUGCCACGUAUAUCAAUAUAUUCAAAUGCUUGAGUUGAUGAAUCAAUGACUUCCACAACCUGGUCUUAGUUUUCAGUUCUGUUUCAUCUGGUGUUUUUAAAUUAUUCCUAUAGUUUGGUAUAUGUUCUCUAACAAAAGCAUCUGGAGUAGUUUUCUUACUGGGUGCCUUCCUUCUGUGGUCUGUCGCUCGGUACAAAUCAUCUGUUCGAUUCGCUUGUUCAGGGAUACGUGAACUGUGCCUUCUGUCACUGCACGCUGAAACCACGGCAUGUCACUCGUGCUAUUCCCAAACACGUCAUUAAUACUGAGAUUUGGGGGCUAUAGGCACUGAAUUUCUACGGUAUUUGAAAGAACUGUUUGUUGUAUAAAUGCCUGCAGUUAUUUAUACAAUUGCAGGGAAGUAAUUGAUUGUAGGGGACGUUUCUCAAACUCUGAUAUGACCUGUUUGGAACAUCCAAAUCUGGGGAGGCACUACCAGCUGCGUUUCGUACCCAACCUUUCUGUCUUGCGGUGCUCAUGAUGUGUAAGGCACACGGAAGGCAUUGCUGUAGUCGGUCGCUUGGUUUUUUUUAGUCCAUUUCUCCUCCUAAUAUUAGUUCUGAAGAUGCUAUUUUGAUCUGUUUGUAAAUUACUUUGUAUUUUAUGCAUGUACUGUACCUUGAUUCAUUAUUUUUUUUAGAUUGAUUUAAAAUAUAUUCAUCCAUGAUUCUAAUAAAGAAUUACAGGGGACGACUCA